AUGAAGCGGUUCUUCGUGGAGGCCCUUUCUGUUCUCCAGGGUGCCCUGUCGGAAGGAGGGGUCAGGGCAGACGGAUUCUGGCUUGACCCUGGCCGCACGGCGACGACGAAGACGAGGUGGCCUCUGGUGGCCCCCCUGGGGGCCCUCCAGAAGUCCCCAGACGAGGCCGCGGCCUGGCUGGGCCACACGGCGCGCAGCAGCUCCAGCUGGUCCAGCACCGCGGACGCGAGGCUCGGGCUCGGGCCCGCCCGGCCGCGGCCCACUGGGGGCGAGCACACGGAGGAGCGCCUGGCUGCGGAGCUCGAGGCGCAGCGUCGCCUGGGGCAGGCCUCGGCGAACUCCAUGACCGUCAUCUACUGCCGCGAGCAUGGCACCAACAGGGUCAAGCGCUGGCUGCGGGGCAUCUCCAUCGACUCCAGCUACGACUUCCGACGGUGGCGGAAGCACCAGGAGGCGUUCCGACACCUGAACCUCUGGAGGCCGCGCGCGAUGGUGAAGUCCGACAACAUCCGCAGACUGCUCUUCCCGGACCUGGCCCUGGUUGGCCUCCUGUGCCUGCCGCUCGAGUGUUUCACGAUCACUUCCGUCGCCCUUGGCCUGCUGGCCACCUUCAAGACGCAGACCUGCUACAACCGCUUCAUCUCGGGGGGGCGGAAUCUGUGGGGCCAGCUCAUCAACGAGUCCAGGGCGCUGGGGAGCCGGGUGCUGUCCCGGGUCGGACGGCCAACAGGUCAAGACGCACAGGUGCUGCAGUCGCUUCAGCGAGGCCUGCACAGCGAGAAAGCGGUGGUGGAGAGGGCGAAGCAGUGCGCGCUGAAGUUGAUCCGGACCUUCCCGGUGACGCUGAAGUACCACCUCACAGAGGACGGCUGCAAUCCCCACAUCGAGAUCGGCGCGCACAUGCCUGAGGCUGAGGUCCGCGCUGCAGUGGCGGUCGCGCUCCGGGCCGAGCUGUCAUUGAUCUGGUCCUCAGACAGUGCGGAGGAGUGCGCCAUCGUGGAGAGGAUCAUGAGCCAGGAGGUGGCCAACCGGCCGUUGCAGGUCCUGCACGAGCUCUCCUUUAUCAACGGCACCGUGUUCUCCCAGCCGCACCUCGGCGGCCUCGACCACCCCGCGUCCACAGAGGUGGAUCGCAGCCUCACGACGUACCACAAUGUGCUCGGCGCGUGCGAGAAGAUAUUGCGGACUCCGGUGUACACGCCAUACACCAAGUUCACAAGCCGUUUCCUGUGGUUGUGGUGCAAUUCGUUGCCCCUCGCGCUGUACCCGCUGCUGGGCCCAUUGUGCACGGCACCAGGAUCCCUGCUCAUAUCUUUCUUCAUGUUGGGGAUCGAGGACAUCGGUUCCAGAGUGGAGCAGCCCUUCGAUGUCAUGCCGCUGUGGCAGUAUUGCACCACCAUCGAGCAGUCCUGCGUUCAAUUGGAGAAGAUGCACCAGAUGAUGGCCCAACCCCCUUUGGCGGAGCAGCCCGAGGAGGAGCAGCCCGGCGAGGAGGGCGCCGACAGCGGCGACGAGUUCGACUACGACGAGGACGACCCGCGGCUGCGCUCGUUCGCGGACCCGCUGUGA